CUAAAUCAAUCUCUAAUUUGAUGGCAGAUAAUUUUCAUUUUUUUUCAAUUUUCUAUAAUGUGGUAUUCUAUCAUUUUAUAGUAUGAAGAAAAACAUAAUUUCAAAAAUUAAUAGGAAUUUCAAAAUUCGUGCACACAAAAAUAAUUUUAUUGCUUUUUAUUGAGUUGUGAGUAAACUUUGCUGUUUCGUCUAUAAUUAGUCGAUUAACCUAUUUAAUUAUCAAAAUAUUAACGAAUCGAAAAUUCCGCUUUGAUGGAUUCAAAUAAAAAAAUGACUGAUGAGGCCAGCGGCAGAAGAAAUACAGAAUAUUUCCAACGUUUCGUACCAGAAGAUCCACCCAAUGUGGAGAAUCCUGAAGAAACAUGUUGUCAUCGAAUAACAUGUUGUUGUCCAUUUUUACGUGAAAAAUUAGUAACACAGCCAAUAUCAAAAUGUGGCAAUCAACAAUUAAUAUGGUCCGAUUUAUUUUGGAUAAAAACUUGUAUUAUUCUUGUAUUAAUCACAUAUGUACUUCUCUAUUGUAUUCUUGGUGAACUAAUGUUACCAGGCGGUAAUAUGUUUGGUUUAUUUAUAAUAAUUUUAUCAUCAUAUUUUUUGGGAUGGUCAUUAACGUACAUUCCCUAUUUACAUAUACCGCCUGUUUUUGGAAUGCUAAUGGCUGGUAUUAUUAUUCGUAAUACACAUUUAUUUAAUAUGAAAGAGGAAUUUGGUACAACAACAACUGCCAAAAUUCGAACAUUUUGUAUGGCCUUUAUUACACUUCGAAUUGGUUUUCAAUUAACUACAUCUCCACUGAGGGAACAUCCAUUCUUUCUCAUGAUCCUGGCUUUUGUACCUUGCACUAUGGAAGUAUUGGCUGUUGGUGUUUGUGGUAAAUUUAUUCUUCAAUUACCAUGGAAUUGGUCAUUUCUUGCUGGAACAAUAAUUGCCUGUAUGUCACCAGUUGUGACUGUCAAUUGUAUUUUGGCGUUAGCUGAUCGUGGAUAUGGAGAAGAUAAAGGAAUGGCGUCUUUACUUUGUACAGCAACAUCGAUUGAUGAUGUGCAUAUUGUUGCUCUAUAUGCCUUUUGUUAUUCCACUGUUUUUAGCCAUGAUGAACUCAGAACAGAAUGGUGGUCUUAUAUCCCUGGAGGAAUAAGAGAUUUUCUACUUGCCAUUAUCGCUGGAACUUUUCUAGGCACGCUCUUCAUAUUUUUUCCGCAUCGCAAUCACAAAUAUGCAACCGAAUUUCGAUUGACUUGCUUAGCGCUAAGCUCAUUGAUGUUUUGCUUUAUAAUAUCGAAAAUUUCAGUGACUGGCGGAGGAUUUCUCGCAUCGGUCAUUAUGUCAUUUAUCGCGUCGUCAGGAUGGCGAAUCUUAUCGGCAUCGUUUGACCUUGCACCAUUUAGAAGAGCCAGUUCAAUCAUAUGGCAUUUCAUGCAACCGAUAUUAGUUGGUGUUAUUGGCGCUGAUAUUGAUUUUCACGAUUGGUCUUCUGGAAGAUUUGGUCUUUACAUUGUUUGCAUUUUAAUUGGAUUAAUAGUACGAAGUCUUUUCGUUAUUCUAUCAACAUUCCGAACUCAUUUCACCUAUAAAGAACGAAUUUUUAUUGCUCUAUCCUGGAUGCCGAAAGGAACACUUCAAGCUGCCCUGGCACCAUUAGCAUUAGAACAGGCAAGGAAUGAGGAAAAUGCAGGAGAUAUAGAACUAGCAACUGAAAUUGUCCGACUAUCUGUAGUUGCCGUUGUGUUUCUUGCACCUCUAGGAGCUAUUUUAAUGAUGAUCACUGGACCCCUGCUACUAAACAAAAUCACAACUGAAGAACAAGAGAGAGAACGACGAUUAAGUUACCUGCGAAUGAUUAGUCUUCAACCAGUCAUUAAAAGCAAUACACGCAAUAAAAUUGAUAAUCCCGAAUAAAUUUCUAAAUUCUCAAUUAUAUUUUCCUCCAU